AUGUAUUCCGAAUAUAAAAAGAAAGUCAGCGAACCUGUUUCUAAAUACAUCUUUGAAAAAAUAUUUAACGAGAAGUUCAACUUAUCAUUCCAUGCUCCUAUAACAGAUUCAUGUAAGAAAUGCAAUAAUUUUAAAGUAAAAAUAGAGGCUUGUGAAAAUCAUGAACAUUCCAAGAAGGCUGAACUUACCACUGCCAAGGAGAUUCAUUUAAGAAAAGCGGAAAGUGCCAUGAAUAAUAUGAAAAUUGAUAUACAGUAUGCAAAAGAAAACAAUGACACCAUAGUAAUUAUAUUUGAUCUAAUGAAGACUCUUCCAACUCCGGUAAUUUCAACUGGAAUAUGCUAUUAUAAACGGCAGUUAUGGACUUACUGUUAA